AUGCGCGGGAGGCUUCUACAUGGGCGUUCAACCAAAGCCAAAACUGUUAUUUUGGGUGGACUGAAGGAUCACCUGAAAACUAUCAGGAGAAGCAGGCGCAUUGUUUUUAUUGGCUGUGGCACAAGCUAUAAUGCUGCUUUAGCUGCGAGACCCCUAUUAGAAGAACUUUCUGGGAUUCCUAUUUCAAUGGAGAUUGCCAGUGAUUUAUUAGAUAGGCAGGGACUAAUUUACAGAGAAGAUACAGCUGUUUUUGUUAGUCAAUCUGGUGAAACUGCAGACACAUUGCAUGCAUUAGAAUAUGCAUUGGAGAAUGGUGCAUUAUGUGUUGGCAUUACAAAUACCGUUGGGAGUGCAAUUGCUAGGAAUACACACUGUGGUGUCCAUAUAAAUGCUGGUGCUGAGAUUGGUGUGGCAAGUACCAAGGCGUACACAAGUCAAAUAGUGGUAAUGGCGAUGUUCGCACUUGCAAUUAGUGGCGACUCAAUAUUAAGUCAAGCAAGAAGAGAGGCCAUAAUAGAUUGCUUAUUUGAAUUGCCUUGUAAGCCUCAUUUGCCUACUUUCCCUGCACAUUCUAGCUUCUGUUGCAAAGUGAGGGGGGUGCUGGAGCUAGACCAGGAAAUGAAGGAUCUUGCUAAUCUAUUAAUAGCUGAGCAGUCACUGUUAGUAUUUGGGAGGGGAUACAACUAUGCAACAGCUCUUGAGGGGGCCUUGAAAGUUAAGGAAGUGGCACUUAUGCACAGUGAAGGAAUACUUGCAGGUGAAAUGAAACAUGGUCCUUUGGCACUGGUUGAUGAAAACCUCCCAAUUGUUGUUAUUGCAACCCGUGAUGCUUGUUUCAGAAAGCAACAAUCAGUUAUUCAGCAACUUCAUGCUCGCAAUGGUCGACUGAUUGUGAUGUGCUCAAAAGGGGAUGCAGCAUCAGUCAGGACUGGUGGUUCAUGCAAAGUAAUUGAAGUACCUCAGGCGGAGGAUUGUCUUCAACCUGUAAUUAACAUAGUUCCAUUACAGGUAAUUUAG